CAGAGACGUCACCAGGCGGUAGGCGGAAAAGCGGUGUGUUUCUGUAUCUGGAGAUAAAGCCAAACCGGGUGUAUUUUUUUGGAGGUUCAUACAGGGACCAUAUAAAGGUUUAGCUUUGUGCCUGCUGAAAUGGCGGUUCCAGCGGGUCAGACAGGUCUACAGAUGGACAGAGGCGCCCUGAGCGGCCAGACAGUUUCCUCUGAAAGCAACAUUGACAUCGACGAGAAAGAGUUGGAAAAUAUCACAAAGAAACACCGAGAAGACGAUACGACAACGCUGCCUCUGCACUCACCUUGGACGUUUUGGCUGGACAGGUCAUUACCAGGCACGACGGCUGCAGAAUGUGAAUCCAAUCUGAAGAAGAUCUACACGGUGCAAACUGUUCAGAUGUUCUGGAGUGUUUACAACAACAUCCCUCCGGUCACAGCCCUGCCUUUGAGAUGUAGCUAUCAUUUAAUGCGUGGAGAGCGGAGGCCACUGUGGGAAGAAGAAAGCAAUGCAAAAGGAGGAGUAUGGAAGAUGAAAAUACCAAAAGAAAGCACCUCUGCAGUUUGGAAAGAGUUGUUACUUGCUACUAUUGGGGAGCAGUUUGCAGAUUACUGUGCCUCAGAUGAUGAGGUUGUUGGUGUCAGUGUUAGUGUUCGAGAUCGGGAGGAUGUUGUACAGGUCUGGAAUAAAGAUGCAUCUCUUGCUAACGAAGCAAAUAUCUUGGGAAAAGUCUAUGAGCUGCUCCCGUGCAUAUCUUUUAAAGCUGUUUUUUAUAAGUCUCACAUGGAACAUCAUGCCUUUGAGGGAGGACGCUCAAGACAUUAGAUUGUAAUGCACUUUUUUUUAACCUUAACUCUAUACCUGCCUUGAUGUAAAAGCUCUGUCCACAACCUAAUCAAGGAUAUUAUUUUGCAUUCAACAAGAAAAUGUUAUCAAUAUAUUUUUAUAGCUUUUAAUGACUGAUGCCUUGUUUCAUUUUGAUGUGGGUCCUAAAGCUCGAAUGCAUAUAUCCAGCAUACAUCUCAUCCUGAGUUUGUUAAUUCAUGUUGGUUUUGACUUCCUGUACUGAACUGCACUGUCACAGUCCUGUACUCUGCACAGGUUAUGGACCUCACAAUUAAUUCCUGGUAUAGAGGUAGCAGAUACAUAAUCUAGUAUGUUUUAACUGUUCGAUAUGGUAGAUAUCUCAGCAUCAUGUUUUGAUUAAGUCAGCUAAUUCAGUGCCAAAGCACCUUUCUGCCAUUUGAAGAAGUUUGUAUGCUAAUGUCAAAAGUGUUUUUAUUCAGCUGGGGUUUUCAACUUCUGAGGAUGGAGUGAAUGUCCCAUUCAGUUUUGUGAAUUUGUACAUCAAACUUAAAUCAGGGUAACACUUGGAAAUAUUGCAAACGACUACCUAUUCCAGUCACAGUGUCCAUCAGUUCUAAAGCCAUCAUCUGGAAUCAGAACAUAUUCCAGCACAGAUAUGGCCCUAAGAAACUUUAGAUCUGGUUUCUAAGAUGUUUUAAAGGGCAAAAUCCAUCCUGAAAGGUGCCUCUUUGAAUGUUCCCAGCCACCCCACAGUUGACAUUUCUUUCAAUACACAUGUUGAAAGCAGACCCUCUGCUCUCUAAGAUGGAGUCACGGACUGUUUGGUGUAUUACUCUGAAGAGAUACUGCACAUUUUUGUGCUCAAAUAGUGGUGCUCCAUAGUACUUGUCUGUACUUGUUUCACCUACCAAUAAAUCAAGUUUGCUUAUUGGACUGUGUUCGUACAACCACAACACACUGAGAAAAAUGUAGCAGCGUAAUGUUAUUAACGGAAGUAACACUGGGUCAUGCUUCCCUUAUUUAGCAUUUAUAUAUAGAUGCAUUAUGUCAAAUAAUAUAUAGAGACAGUCAAAUAAGACAGAUGUGGCAAGUUUCAAUAAUCACUGAGUCAGUAGACUGAUUCUUCAUUGAACCAUAAUAUACACUGACUUCAACUAUUUGAUCAUAAUAGAGAAACUAGAAACAUUUUUCUAUCCUUUCCAAAUCUAUUUUUUUCUGAGACUUCAUCAAAAGGUCACCUUCACUAACAUAGUUAGCACUUCCACUACACAAUUUCUAUUACUCUUGUUUUAUUGCAGUGUAGGCUACCGUAAACUGAAUGCUUCUGGCAUUAUUGUAUCUCACACCACUUUUAUAGUUCAACUUUGGACUGGUUGAUAAAGUUAUUCAUAAGAGGUCCUUUGUAAACAUUUUUUGCAGUGACAUGGACAAAGUAAAUAAAAUG